AUGGAGCCACGAAGCGGAUACUGUUAUACACCUUUGCCCGGACCAGGCUGGAUCCGAGUCCUGACCCUCCGGCCCAGCAAUGACACACAGGGUCACGAUUCUCUCUUCUGCGACAUUACACAUCAUAAUAUCCAGGAGGGCAACGCAUACGUGGCGCUUUCCUACACGUGGGCAAUGCCUGACGGCGAUAGCACCAAGACCCACACCAUCUACGCUGGAGGCCAUUCGAUCAGGAUAAGUCAGAAUCUUUAUGAGGCUCUUCACCGGAUACGAACUUUCAAGUCCCGCAUUCCUAUAUGGAUUGAUGCUGUAUGCAUUGAUCAGGCCAACAUCGAGGAGCGCAACGACCAGGUUGCUCAGAUGAGUCGGAUCUACGCCUGCGCCAAAGAAGUCAUCGCAUGGCUUGGAGAGGGGGACCUGGACCAAACAAGAGACAUUUUCGCCUGUUUCGGAAGAAAAGAUCCAAAUGCCCGAUGUGAGGAGAGCCACGAGUUUCGAGCCUCUGAUGGAAAGGUGCUGGACCUUUGCACCGCUCGAAGGACGCACGGCGACUCUAUGAACCGCCUCAUUGUCCCUAAUGUGUACGAUUUUGUUGCGAACUCAGUCUACAUUGCGGAGCUGGCCAAUGCGGUGAAGAUCAUGUCGGAGAGGCGAUACUUCACCCGCCGCUGGAUCAUUCAGGAGAUUUGCCAUGCAAGAAGCGUGGAAGUUCUCUUUGGCUCUGACAGGCUUUCGAUCGAAGUGGUAGCUGAGUGCCAUCGCAAUCUCUUGCUUCUGAUAAGGAAGCACUGGAUCGGAUAUCCACCACUCAGGAGGGCUCGAGAACUACCUCACUAUGCGCUUCAGGUGCUCGAGCUGCCACAGAGAAGUAAAGACAUCUGUCUGUACGAGAUCGUUGCAGACACCCAGGACAUGGGCUGCUCCGAUCCGAGAGACAUCGUCUUUGCCUUGACCAGCCUCUGCCCUAACGACGGAAUCAAAGCAGACUAUAAUUUGUCCAUUGCCGAAGUGUACACCGCCUUCUCACGCCAUCUAGUCGACCAAGGGCGGCUAGACCUGUUACUCGAGAAUAUCCAACAAAAGCGAUUGUGCCGUUCUAGGGACCUCGGUGUCCGUGGGCACGAAUCUGACUUGAUUGAUCUCCCUUCAUGGGCAUUGGACCUUCGCUUCGGCUUUCAGAAUUCCUCAAAUACACCUAAGCACUACUUGCUCACGGACCCGGAAUUCUGGAGUGAUUUGUCCGCCGUGCCACAGUCUACGGAUCUCGAUGUCCUGCUCGAGGCGGACGACUCUCUCAUCUGCAGACUUUAUCCUGUCGGUGAAGUUGCACAAGUCAUAAACCACGAGCUCCGCCUCAUCGGCGGCGAUGGCAACGACAGCAUCACAACAGAAUUCCCAGAUGCGCCUCUAGCCUUUGAAGGCGACUUUGUCAUGGCUUUCGACCAAGAUGAGGAUGGCCCAAACUGCUACAAUGUAAUGAUCUUGCGCGGAGGCAUGGAGCCUGGAUCAUAUAGGAUACGACACUGGUCACCCAAGAGCAAGCUGAGGAUGCCUGGGAUGACGUAUCCUCCACGUGCGGAGCGGAAGUUGGUACGCAUUGUCUGA